GGGAGUGGCCGGGGUUCAGGUGAGCAAGCUGGCUGCUCUGACCACAGAAUUGCUUCCACAGCGAGGUCCUUCUCUGAGCUUGGCUUUCCUUUUCCCUUGCUGUGUGUUUUCCAGGAUAACUGCAACUCCAGGCCCACGAUGGAUGCCCUGCAACUGGCAAACUCUGCUUUUGCAGUUGAUCCGUUCAAAAAACUCUGUGAAAAGGAGCCAGCAGGCAAUGUCCUCUUCUCUCCCAUCUGUCUCUCCACCUCCCUGUCACUUGUUCAAGUAGGAGCCAAAGGUGACACAGCCAAUGAAAUUGGACAGGUCCUUCAUUUUGAAAACGUCAAAGAUGUGCCCUUUGGAUUUCAAACAGUAACGUCAGAUGUAAACAAACUUAGUUCCUUCUAUUCACUGAAACUGAUCAAACGGCUCUAUGUGGACAAAUCUCUGAAUCCAUCUACAGAGUUCAUCAGCUCUACGAAGAGACCCUAUGCAAAGGAGAUGGAAACUGUUGACUUCAAAGAUAAAUUGGAAGAAACGAAAGGUCAGAUCAACAACUCAAUUAAGGAUCUCACAGAUGGCCACUUUGAGAACAUUUUAUCCAACAACAACAUAAAUGAUCAGACCAAAAUCCUCGUGGUUAAUGCCGCCUACUUCAUUGGAAAGUGGAUGAAGAAAUUUCCUGAAUCGGAAACCAAAGAAUGUCCUUUCCGAGUCAACAAGACGGACACCAAGCCAGUGCAAAUGAUGAAUCUGGAAGCCAUGUUCUGCAUGGGCAACAUUGACAGUAUCAACUGUAAGGUCAUAGAGCUCCCCUUUCAAAACAAGCACCUCAGCAUGCUCAUCCUGCUGCCCAAGGACGUGGAGGAUGAGUCCACGGGUCUGGAGAAGGUUGAAAAACAACUCAACUCAGAGACGCUCUUGCAGUGGACCAAUCCCAGCACCAUGGCCAAUACCAAAGUCAAACUAUCCAUUCCAAAAUUUAAGGUGGAAAAGAUGAUUGAUCCCAAGGCUAGUCUGGAAAACCUAGGGCUGAAAAGUACCUUUGAUGAGAGUACAUCUGAUUUCUCUGGAAUGUCAGAGACCAAGGGAGUGGCGCUCUCCAAUGUUAUUCACAGAGUGUGCUUAGAGAUAAGCGAAGAUGGUGGGGAUUCCAUAGAGGUGCCGGGAUCAAGAAUCCUGCAACACAAAGAUGAAUUCAGGGCCGACCACCCAUUUAUUUACAUUGUCAGGCACAACAAAACUCGAAACAUCGUUUUCUUUGGCAAGUUCUGUUCUCCUUAAGUGUCAGAGCCCAGGUUAAGUCCCACCUGGCUUUUCUGUAAACUCUACAACCAGAGAAUCCCUUUCUAAAUACGAUAACUUGUUAAUAUUGCUGGAGGAGGAAUGCCUUGGUGCUUGUUCUAUGUAGCCCUCACACUAAUAGGCCUUUUUCUCCUAAUCUUUUCUUUUAUGCCCCUUUCCUCCCAUCAAAGACAAUACUUUGAAGGAAAAGAAAAUAUGUAUUCAUUAUUUGUUACACUAUCUAGGGUUAUGGGCAGAUAUACGGUUGUUCACAAAGAAAAUUCCCAUAAAGAGCUUUGCCUUCCUUCAUUGGGAUACAGAAUGUUCCAGAUGUUCUCACUUCCCUGAAAGGCUAAACAAACUGUGGUUUAUGGGAUCUGACAAACUUUCCUGGUUCCAGUGAAAUGUGAGCACAUGGUCAGGCUACUGUAGGUCCACAGCUCUUUAUGCUAAACCCUGAGGGACAAAUGUAUUCUUCAAGCUCUGCCUUUGGGGGCUUUUAGAAAGAUAAUGUGUUGCACAAACUGUAUGUUAUGGAAGUCCAUUGAAAGAGUCUGAAACAACAUCCUAUAUAGAAGUCAUUAUCUUGAUGUUCCUGCCAUAAAAUGUAUAAUAUUGACACAAAAUGGGAGUCUGAAACAACACCCUAUAUAGAAGUCAUUACCUUAAGAUUCCUGCCAUAAAAUGUAUAAUAUUGACACAAAAUGGAUAAAGGUUUUGCUGACAAAAGGGGUAUGGCACCAGCUCGUGAACAGGCUUUGUUUUUAGAACGUUUUGAGACUUUGGAAUGUUGGCUAAG